AGAGAAAGAGAGAGAAAUAGAGCAACACUGGUUUACUAGGUCCUGAUUAUUUGGAGCAAGUUGGAAAGUUGUAUCGUCGGUUUUCAACGUAAUAAUCCUCCGUUAAUUUUAGUUUGAUUCUGCCAUUAUAAUCUAUUUAAACGUACAUUCGAAAAUGUCUACGAAAUCCUCGGUGGAUCUGCGAGCGGAGUUGGCAGAAUUAAUAAAACGUAAAGCUGAAAUUGCUGAUACAUUAGCCAAUUUAGAACGUCAAAUAUACGCCUUCGAAGGAAGCUAUUUGGAAGAUACGCAAUUAUACGGAAACAUAAUAAGAGGUUGGGAUAGGUAUUUAGCGAGCAACAAAAAUACUAAUAGCAAAGCUGAUAAGCGUAACAGAAAAUUUAAAGAGGCUGAGAGAUUAUUUUCUAAAUCAUCUAUUACAUCUAUGGCAGCGGUUAGUGGACUUGUAGAGAAUGCGCAAGAAAAAAUUGAACGAUACAGUGAAUCGGAGUCUCAAAUUGGAAAUAGUGGAAGUGAGGACAAUUGCAACUUUGGCAAUUCAAAUGCAAUCUCUUCUAGCAAUAAUAAAGAAGCUAGCGGAAAAAAUCAUACUUCCAUUCAAACUGGAUAUGCCCAAAAUAAUAGUACACUUAAUAAUUCAGAAAAUGCUUCAAUUCAAUUUACAAAUGGCUCAAUGUCCAAUGGAAAUUUAGAACACAUUACCACACCUGUCAAAGAAUGUCACAGUAAUAGUAAAGACUCGAAUAAAAAUAAAUCUACAAACAGCGCAAAAAAGAAUAGUAAUAAAAGAUCUAGAAAUAGGUAGAAAUUCUUCUAAUUAUAAACUAUGUAUUAAUUCUUUGUUACUUGGUAUUAAGCGAUACAAGCAUUGCUCGAAUGACAACAUGAAUAACGAGAUUAGCUCUAAGAACCUUUUUAUUUAUAAUAUCAUAUUCAUUAUUUUCAUAUAUAUAUUUUUUUUGGAUAAUAUCUGAAACCUUAACAUUAGGAGGGCGAUUUAGA